CAUAAACUCAUCAAACAUAUUGGAAUCUAAAAUGGAAAGUUAAGUCUUGGCAACAGUAGAAACUUGCAAUCCUAAAAUGGAACUUGAGGCAGAUGAAGCCACAAACCAUACUCAAAUUCCAUCAACUUCAAGCAAAGAUUCAAUCUUGGCAAACCCUACUUUGCCACAAGAACUCAUCACAGCAAUCCUUGUAAGACUACCAGUUAAAUACCUCUUAAAGUUCAAGUGUGUUUCUAAACAUUGGUUUGCUUUAAUCUCUAGUCCUGAAUUUGUCAAGACCCAUCUUAGCUUCUCUGCUAAGCAUUCCACCCACCAUAGACUUGUGUUGAAAUCAGUGAAACGUCAUACUCUUGAGUACAAUCUUAAACUUUGUUCUGUUAGCUCUUUAUUUUAUGAGCCUGUAACUGAGGCAUUUGACUUGGAUUAUCCCAUGAAAGACCCCCAAAAAUUUUUCCGUAUUGUGAGUUCUGUCAAUGGGUUGAUUUGUUAUUGUAUUGGGUUUAAUGACUUGGUUUUGUGGAAUCCGUCAACUAGAAAGUUCAAGAAAGUGCCUGACCUUGUGCAUACACAGACAGAUGAUUACCAUUUCAGUUAUGGUUUUGGAUAUGAUGAGGUUCAUGAUGAUUAUAAGGUAGUGGCUAUUUUCCGUGAAAUCAGCAAACGCAAAUAUGAUGCCAAAAUAUAUAGUUUAAAGAGUGAUUCUUGGAGAACACUUGAUGAUUUCCAAGGCAAGAUUCUCUUCAAUGAAUAUUCUUCAGGCAAGUUGGUGAAUGGGAAGCUUCACUGGGUUACUACUGGUGGUGAUGAUCGGGUCAUCACGUCCAUUGAUUUGGUUGAUGAGAAAUGUAGGAAGGUGAUGGAGCCCUACUAUGGAGAAGAAAGUUUAUAUUUGACACUUGGAGUGUUGGAAAGUGAUUUUUCUGUGGUGCUCUCUAAUCAUGAGAGAAUGGAUGUGUGGGUUAUGAAGGAGUAUGGGGUUAAAGAGUCUUGGACAAAACUGUAUACAAUCAUCAAAUGUCCUGGCUGUGCGACUUCUCCACCCAUUUGCAUGUCAAUUGAAGGUGAAAUUUUGCACACGUUUGGCUCAACUUUAACGAUACUCAAACCAGAGAAUGACACAAUGAGAUUUCCAAAGGUGACUAACAUUGAUGGCCAUGUUGGGGAGAAACUCUACAUUGAAAGCCUAGUUUGUCCGAUUUCACAAAACGAACCAAUGUCACAACAUUGAAGGCUGCAAAAUUCAGGUUUGUGCUGAAUCAUGCACGUGUAUGGGGAAGCAAACUAACUGAAGCUUUGGCGAACAACUCCACUAUAACUACUUGUAUUAAUUGCGGCCAAUCUACUAUUACUACCAUUGUUAUGAACAAAUGUAUGUACUUGCUGUAACAGUGACCAGGAGGGGCUACUAUGCUAUAACACCCUUCAAAUUUUGUUAAUGAUCAGGUCAGGUACCGCAUUUUGUAGAAGAGUCACGGGUUGUAAAAAAACUAUGAUGCUACUUAAUUAUAUAUAUAAUAUUUGUUUAAGCAAGACUGAGAAAAGGAAAAAGA